GGCGCCCGAGUUUCACUUUGUAACUUUUAAGUGGUCGGGACGCCGCCGCGCCGGGUCAGGUGGGGCAGACCACUCCCCUGGUCGUGCCUGCCAAGCUGCCGCCGCAGGGAAGUGUCUAAGGCCAAUGCCCCAGGACCCAGAGGUCAGGAGAGUCCUUCGAGAAAUGAGUGCGGGCCCGAGGCCUGGCCCCCAGAGACACCGCCAACCCAGGACCCCUCCAACAGGCCCAUCCACCAUCCUUCCUCCCCCUGGCAUCUGGGAGGACAGGCAUGACGACCGACUCCCCAUUCCUGGAGCUAUGGCAGUCCAAGGCCGUGUCCAUCCGUGAGCGGCUGGGCCUCGGGGACCAGCCCAACGACUCCUACUGCUACAACUCGGCCAAAAACAGCACCGUGCUCCAGGGGGUCACCUUUGGUGGCAUCCCCACCGUCUUGCUCAUAGAUGUCAGCUGCUUCCUGUUUUUAAUCUUGGUGUUUUCCAUCAUAAGAAGAAGAUUCUGGGAUUAUGGCCGCAUUGCCCUGGUGUCAGAAGCAGACAGUGUUCCUAGUGAGUCCAGAUUCCAGAGACUGUCAUCAUCUUCCUCCUUAGGGCAAGACUUUGAGAGCGAGCUGGGAUGCUGCCCAUGGCUGACCGCGAUCUUCCGUCUGCAUGAUGACCAGAUCCUGGAGUGCUGUGGGGAGGACGCCAUCCACUACCUGUCCUUCCAGAGGCACAUCAUCUUCCUGCUGGUGGUGGUCAGCUUCUUGUCCCUGUGCGUCAUCCUGCCUGUCAACCUCUCAGGAGACUUGCUGGCAAUGACCUCCUUUGGCUGCACACCAUCUUCGCUGUCGUUUACCUCCUCCUCACCGUGGGUUUCAUGCGGCACCACACCCAGUCCAUCAAGUACAAAGAGGAGAAUCUGCUGAGACGGACUCUGUUCAUCACAGGACUCCCUCGAGAUGCCAGGAAGGAGACGGUGGAGAGUCACUUCCGGGAUGCGUAUCCCACGUGCGAGGUGGUGGACGUGCAGCUGUGCUACAACGUGGCCAAGCUGAUCUACCUAUGCAAGGAGAGGAAGAAGACUGAGAAGAGUCUGACAUAUUACACAAACCUGCAGGCGAAGACGGGCCAGCGGACCCUCAUCAACCCCAAGCCCUGCGGCCAGUUCUGCUGCUGUGAAGUGCAGUGGUGCGAGUGGGAGGAUGCCGUCUCUUACUACACACGCAUGAACGACAGGCUGCAGGCGAGGAUCACCGAGGAGGAAGGCCACGUUCAGGACCAGCCCCUGGGAAUGGCUUUUGUCACCUUCCAAGAGAAGUCCAUGGCCACCUACAUCCUGAAGGACUUCAAUGCCUGCAAAUGUCAGGGCCUCCGGUGCAAAGGUGAGCCCCAGCCUUCCCCCUACAGCAGGGAGCUGUGCAUCUCCAAGUGGACAGUCACCUUUGCCGCUUACCCCGAGGACAUCUGCUGGAAGAACCUUUCUAUCCAGGGCCUCCGCUGGUGGCUUCAGUGUCUGGGCAUCAAUUUCACCCUCUUCGUGGGACUGUUUUUCCUGACCACUCCCUCCAUCAUUCUCUCCACCAUGGACAAGUUCAAUGUCACCAAACCCAUCCAUGCACUGAAUGACCCGAUCAUCAGCCAGUUCUUCCCUACCCUCCUCCUCUGGUCCUUCUCGGCCCUGCUCCCCACCAUGGUCUACUACUCAACGCUGCUGGAGUCUCACUGGACCAAGUCAGGGGAAAAUUGGAACAUGAUGACCAAGAUCUACAUAUUCCUGAUCUUCAUGGUGCUAAUCCUGCCCUCCCUUGGCCUCACCAGCCUGGACUUUUUCUUCCGGUGGCUCUUUGACAAAAACACCUCUGAGGCCUCUAUCAGGCUGGAGUGCGUCUUCCUGCCCGACCAGGGCGCCUUCUUCGUGAACUACGUCAUCGCCUCGGCCUUUAUCGGCAACGGCAUGGAGCUGCUGCGGCUGCCGGGCCUCAUUCUCUAUACCUUCCGUAUGAUCAUGGCCAAGACAGCUGCCGACCGCAGGAACGUCAAGCAGAACCAGGCCUUUGAGUACGAGUUUGGAGCCAUGUAUGCGUGGAUGCUGUGCGUCUUCACCGUCAUCAUGGCCUACAGCAUCACCUGCCCCAUCAUCGCGCCAUUCGGCCUCAUCUACAUCCUGCUCAAGCACCUGGUGGACCGGCACAACCUCUACUUCGCCUACCUUCCAGCCAAGUUGGAGAAGAGGAUCCACUUGGCCGCAGUGAACCAGGCCUUGGCAGCCCCCAUCCUGUGCCUCUUCUGGCUCUACUUCUUCUCCUUCCUGCGCCUAGGUAUAAAGGCCCCCUCCACCCUGUUCACCUUCCUGGUCGUGCUGCUCACCAUCCUGGUCUGCCUGGCCUACACCUGCUUCGGGUGCUUCAAGCACCUCAGCCCUCUGAACUACAAGACAGAAGAAUCAGCAAGCGACAAAGGAAACGAGGCCCACGUGCCUCCGCCAUUCACGCCCUAUGUGCCUCGGAUUCUGAACAGCUUGGCCUCGGAAAGGACAGCCCUGUCCCCGCAGCAGCAGACCUAUGGUGCCAUCCACAACAUCAGUGGGACUCUCCCUGGGCAGCACCUGGUCCAGAGCCCAGCAGACAGCAUGGCUGCUGCCUACCAGGAGGCCUGAGGCUGAGCAAAGUGCCCGGAGAGCCUGGGAGCAGAGAAGCCACAGGAGAACUGGCUGACCACGGCCCCAACCAAGUUCACGCCUUCUUUCCAUCAGUUUCAAGUCUCUCUGCUCUGCAGAGAUGGAGCCAGGCACGUCUAGCUCAGACCCUGUUUGAGGGGCAGUGUUGGCCUGCCAGCUGAGGGCCACUGGCAGCGGCCCUUCUUCUGGUAACAGCAGCAGUGAAGGGAGAAGGUGCAGCUCCCCGCCCUCACUGAGGCUGUGCAGUUCCCAGGCCCCCUCCUACAUGAGCUGCCAGCUCUGUGGCUGGGAUGCCGUCCCUGGUGGUUUGUAGCCAAGAUCACCUGCUGGAAUUGUGCCCCUAGGCCAAUUAGCCCUGAAGACUAUAUUGGGUAAUAGAAAUGGACCAGUCGGGGGGAGUGGUACUGCCUCCUGAGCACCCACACACUGCCUGGCCCCUGUAGGCACACACGGCUGAUAACCAAAGAGCCCGCAGCAGUCCCAGGGCUGACGCGGGGACUAGAUGGGGCCCAGCGCCCUCUCCUUGUGUUCAUUCACCUGCCCUGGCCCAGCCCAGCCAUGGCCAGUGUGUUCCGCACAGGCCUUUCCCAGCUAUGCACUCGCCCUCCCACCCUGUCCUUAAGGUUUUGUUUUGGUAUUGCGUUGUCAGGGAUGCUGUCUGGGCCAGGGUCACCCAGCAGCAGGCAGGGACAAUGAGGACCUCUAAUAAAGUGCCCAUAGGACCACA